AUGUCUGGAAUGUGGGGUUCCCUUCUCAACGACCCGUUUUUCAACGUCGGAUUCCCAGAGUUCUUCCGUGACCCGCUACUGAGCAACCGCGGUUUGCUCACGUCUGGAAAUGAAGGCGGUGACACCGGGACUGGUGGUGCUCUGGCCACUAGGGGCGGAGAUCAAGCCGCCUGGAAUGUCUUCCGCGGCCCACGUAUCGACGUCUCCGAGAACGAGAAGGAGUACGUGAUCAAAGCUGAUUUGCCUGGCCUCAAGAAAGAAGACAUUAACAUCCACGUCGAAGACAACAUGUUAACACUGGAGGGCGAGAGAAAGUCCGAACACGAAGAGAAAAGCGAUCGCCGCCACAUCGUUGAGCGCUCCUUCGGCCGAUUCCGUCGCUCGCUGCGCGUCCCUCCUGACGCCCAAGUCGAAAAUUCCUCCGCCCGUAUGGAAAACGGCGUCUUGGAGCUAACGCUCCCCAAGAAUCCCGCUGCCGAGCAACGCAAGAGGAUUGACGUCCAGUAA